GGGUGCACCUUACUGUUGACCGUUUUUAAGGGGAUUUUGCCAUAAAAUCGAAACACAAUGGGUCUCAACUCUCUGAAUCCCUAAAUUAUCUCUCCAGCUCUCGAAGUGCAGCUGCAUCCUUGAUCGAAUCACUCUUUCGACAUCCUCUUGUCCAUUUGUUCCUAUUAAGGACUAAUAUCAAGAAGACGAUCGAGAAGGAAAAGAUCUAUCUGAAAUGACGUUGGAGUUUGGCAAAACUAUUGAUGAAGAUGUGGUGGAGCAAAUCCUAUCAACUCUGCCGCCCAAAUCUCUGAAGCGAUUCCAGUGCGUCUCUAAUAGGUGGCAUGCUCUGAUCACCACUCCCAGGUUCGUAGCUAAGCACCUCUCCAUUUCCAGGCACAACAAUCUCUCCACCAGUGUUCUUAUGAAACGUAAAGUCCAUGAGGACACCAACUCUGACGAGACUCAAGAGUUUUUCUCAUUUCUUCAUUUUCGAAAUGAUGAAGAUAAUGACGUUGAUGGUGUGCAUGAUGAGCAUAGCUUUCUUUCUAGUAUCCAGGAAUUCCAUAUUCCGUUUUCUACUGGUGUAAAGACUUGGGCCGAAGCACUUAUAAUUAUAGGCCAUUGUAACGGGAUCAUUUGUCUAGCUCAAGCAGUCUCUGGUGAGGUGAUUAUUUGCAACCCAGCAAUUCAUGAAUAUAAGCUUCUUCCCCCCUCUCCGUACCUUCCAGAUUCCGAUUGGCCAUAUAGCGCCAUAUUUCGGUUCAGAGAUGGAUUGGGAUUUGGAUAUGAUCCGAACUUUAACGAAUAUAAAAUUGUUAACAUUGGAUUUCCUGCUCCAGAAUUAUCUACGCCUGAUGGAUAUAACAUUUAUAAUCCUCCCAAAGCAGCUGUCUACACCCUGGGUACUGAUGCUUGGAGAAAGAUCAAGACUGAUACGUUAGAAACAGAAACUACUAUUCUUUGGCCCCAAAUAUUCCAGAUGCACUUCAAGGAUAUGUGCUUUUGGCUGGCACCUGAGCAACACAAGGAAUUGGAUGUGCUUGAUGAAGACGAGGAGCAAUUCAUUAGGGAAGUUAUCGUUAUGUUUGAUACUGGGGAUGAGCUAUUUCAUAAUAUAAUGUUACCGGAUGAAUUUGAUUAUCCAUCAAAAAAUUAUUUUGUUCCGAACCUUUUAGUGUGGAAGGACUCCGUUGCUCUUUUGGGAAUACAAAUUUCUCAAUUUUCAUCAUAUGGAAUAUGGGUGAUAGAUGAAUUUGGUGGUCAUAACGGUGGUGCUUGGACAAAACACAUAACUUUUGAGCUCCCUGUGGAACCGUUGAUAUUUUGGAAGAGCGACAGGGUUCUUUUAAAUGAUCCUAACGACACUGAUUAUAGAGGACUUAUAUUAGAUUAUAAUCUCGAUACCAAAAAGCUUAAAAAUCUUCCCGUUCAAAGCGAGCGGAGUGACUCUUCUGCUAUUGUGUAUGUGAGCAGUAUAGUUUCAGUAUUGGGAGGCAGCAAACCCAAGAACAAAGAUAAUUCUACACCCAAUGCUGAAUUUUCUGUAUUUGAGUACCCUUCUCCACUAGUCAGUCAUUAUAUGGUUGACAAGAAAACUUACUCGUAUUCGAUGUGGGCAAUCCCGUCAGAUGAUGCGUCUCUCCGGAUUAAGAAAGUGAUGGAGGGACUGCGGACUGAAUUCGGCGGGCCGGAGAUUGAUCCCCACAUUGCCGUUGUGGGGUCCAUUCGUAUGAAGCAUGAGGAUAUGCUCAACAAGUUCAGAUCUCUCCAGUCUGAUGUUAUUUCUUCGUACAAAGCAAAAGUUAAUCAAGUCGUUACUAGGAGUUCCUAUUUCCAAUGUAUUUCCCUCCUCAUUCAUUCAUCUUUCGAGGUGUCACCUGAGUUAUAUUUUGCAACUGGAGUCUCUGGUGGACGAUUCCAUUUUUGUAAUGAAGUUAGGCCACAUUUGAGCCUCCUUUAUGGUUACUUGACAGAAGAAGAGAGGAAGAAAGCUCAAGAAAAAGUCAGUUAUCUAGAUGAAGGCCUCAGCAGCUUGAGCUUCUUUAUAACUCGACUUGCAUUGUACAAAAUUGACUACAAAGAUAGAAGUCUCAAAUCAUGGGAGAAGAUUGCUGAUUACCCCCUCCAAUUUGAGUAAUUCCCUUAUUUCAUGCUUAUAAUUAGCUUGUAUUGAAAUAUAAGACUUUUGCCUGAGUGUCCCUGCCUGCUGUAGUCCUGCGACUCCUAUCGAGCACAAUCUGAUUUGGAUUGACAAUCUUAUGCCUACACCUUCAUAAUGAUGAGUUUGUUCUUUUAGUACUUAUUCUGCAGUAUUAUUCUUCGGCCGAAAGCUAAAAACCAAAUUAUCGACUUUUGAACUUAUUGAUUAGAAGCUGGGACAAAACAAAUAGAAGAAAAGAGGAAAUUGUCCUUUCUCACCACGCUGAUUGUGACCCCAAACACAAAAAAUGUUGUAA